AUGGCGUCCUCAUACCAGUAUCGCAACUCAUACCACAACUCGUCCCAGAACAUUAGCGAAAAGUACGACGACGGCCAGGGACGACCGGCUACAUCCCGCCGCAACACGCGCCUCAGGAGCAGUGACGGUACCGUCAGCACCACUAUGAGCUCGUCCACAGGGCGCGAGAGCGCCGCAACUCACGUCACUGAAGGCCCUGCUUAUUCCAAAAAGAUUGUCGUCGUCGGCGACGGUGGCUGCGGCAAGACAUGUCUGCUCAUCAGCUACAGCCAAGGCUACUUUCCAGAGAAAUACGUCCCCACUGUAUUCGAAAACUACAUCACGUACCCGACGCACCCGCCGUCUGGUAAGACCGUAGAGUUGGCGUUGUGGGAUACGGCCGGCCAGGAGGAGUACGACCGAUUGCGGCCGCUCUCGUACCCCGAGACCGACCUGAUAUUCGUCUGUUUUGCGAUUGACUGCCCGAACUCGCUAGAAAACGUCAUGGACAAGUGGUAUCCCGAAGUCCUCCACUUCUGCCCCUAUACCCCUCUGGUCCUCGUGGGCCUCAAGUCCGACCUCCGCUUCAAGAAGACGUGCAUUGACAUGCUCAAGACACAAGGUCUCACGCCCGUGACUCAGGAACAGGGCAAGGCCGUCGCGCGCAAGAUGUGCGCUCAGUACAUGGAGUGCAGCAGCAAGGAGAUGACGGGCGUCGACGAGAUCUUUGAGCAGGCUAUCCUGACUGUUGUCGCUAACGACCGGAAAAACAUGGAAGCUCAAGCCGCCGCCUCCUCUUCAACAUCCGGCGGUCCUCCAGGGAGCAGCGCAGGCUUCCCCGGCGUCGCUCUUAAGAAGAAGAAGAAGAGGAAUUGCAAGAUCCUUUAA